AUGACUUAACUUAAAAGACAAAGUUUAGCUAGAAAGUACUUUGGAAAUGAUAGAUUUGCCAAUGAUGAUGAUGAUGAUCAGUCCUAGAUGAGUCCGGAUGGCCCAGAGCAAAAUGUCAACACUGAUUUAAAUGAGGUAGCAGAGGGCUAUUCAAGAAAUAUUUUCAAAAACCUAUUUAAGUAAUUUCAGACUUAGACCUCAUAGAAUACUGUGAGCCAAAACUACUUUUCUCAAAGCAAUUUUGACUUCCUAAAUAUAGAGGAAUAUAAAAAGCUUAAAUCUUAGCUUAAGCAAUUGCAAAUAUUGUUGUAUAAUAUAAGAGAUCAAACAGAAACUUAAGAAGUUAAAAAGUCCUAACUUUUCACUAGAAUAUAGGGAAUUAAUCAUGAGAAUAUGAAUUUAAUAAAUGAGGAAGAAAAGCUUAAAACUGAGCUAGAUGAUCUAAAGUCUUAGCUUGAAUCUUUCAAAUAAGUUACUAAAAAGGAACUAGAAGAUACUUAAAAUUUGAAAAGAGACUAACAAAAACACAAGAUGAAGAUAAAUAAAUUGAAAUAAUUCAUUGCUGAUACAGUGCUUAACAAAGGGAAAGAGAUCCUAAAGAGAAGACAGGAUGAAUUGGAAAAGAUUAGAGCAAAGGAGUAGGAGAUAAGAGAGAAGGAGUAGGAAAAGAGAGAGAAAGAGGAAGAAGAAAGAAAAAGAAGAAUGGAGGAAGAGCAUAAAAAGAAAGAAGAGGAAGAGGCUUUGCUCUAAAUGAGAAGAACAUCCUAUAUUGAUCCAACACUAUCAUCAAUGAUGAAAGAUUCAGUGGUUAUUGAGGAAGAGGAAAAAUCAAACAAAUACAAAAGAGAAAAAACAAUGAGUCCACAUAGAGCGAGACCUCCUCUACACCAAAAAGAGAGAAGUGUUAAUAGAUUAAAGACUGCAAUGGGAACUAUUGGAAUAGGUGAAAACUAAAAAUAAGCGAUUUCUAGUCAAGAAAGAAUUAGUGUUGCCAAUAAUUAUACUGGCUUUAGAGGUUAAAGUGAAAUGAGAGCAUAAAGAAAUAUAACACUUGUCAAUAGUAAUGUAACUUCAAAUAUUGGAUCACCUGAUAAGAGAUUUAACUAGACCUAGAAUGAAUUUAGCAGUCCAGAUAAGGAUCAUUAAAAAAAUAGAGGAAUUCAAGGCUGGAUUAGGGAUUAAGAAUUUCAAGACUUCAGCUCUAACAAUAUUGAUAAAGACAAUCCAAGUAUUGAUAUUAAUGAUGAUACAUUCUAGUGA